GUCAGGGUCUCAUUUUUAACUUUGGCUUUUUGCGACUGUCCGUCUUUCUCUUCUAAGCAAAAUGAUGGCUGAAGCUGAGCUGUUUGCACUCCAGGACGAGUUCACCUGCUUGGUGUGUCUGGACUCCCUGAGUGACCCCGUCUCGAUCCCCUGCGGUCACAGUUUCUGUCUGCAGUGCCUCACAGACUGCUGGGAUCAGAGUGAAGCGUCCCGCUGUCCUCAGUGCAGAAAGACCUUCACGCCGAGGCCUGAACUGAACAGAAACACCCUGCUGAAUGAAAUCGUGAUAAAACUGAAGGAGACUCGACUCGGGCCUUUUCUGGGUCAGAAUUACAGCGGUGCUGGAGACGUGGAGUGUGACUUCUGUACUGGGCAGAAGAAGAGCGCGCUGAAGACGUGUCUGACCUGUCUGGCCUCCUUCUGCCUGACUCACCUGCAGCCUCACUACGAAGGAGACGUCUGGAAGGACCACGAGCUGGUGGACCCAGAUGGACAUCUACAGAGGAAAGUCUGCACAGAACAUCAGAAAUGUUUGGAGUUUUUUUGCCAAACGGAUGAGACGUGCAUCUGCCUGCUAUGUGGAAUCACCAGACACAACGGUCAUGAAAUGGUCAAACUGAGCAAAGGAAGAGAAGAAAAGCAGAAGCAGCUGGGGGCGACACUGGGAGAAGUGGAGAGGAGACUUGAGGAAAGACAGAAGAAGCUGAAGGAGAUGAUGCAGGCAGAGGGGCUCGUGAAGAUCUCUGCUGACAGGGAGGUGCAGGAAAGUGAGGAGAGCUUCGCUGAGCUGCUUCACUUCAUUGAGGACACCUGCAGGAAAGUCACAGAGAAGAUCAGAAGUCGAGAGACGAGAGAAGUCGAGAAGACAAAAGGAGCCAUUCAGCAACUGGAAAAAGAGAUUGAGGAGCUGAGGAGGAGCGACGCCCAGCUAAGGGAGCUUUUAGAGACCGAGGACCACGUCCACUUCUUACAGACCUUUGCAACUCUCCCGCCUGCACUUCCUGACAAUGGAGACCUUCUCAGCAUUACAGUUGCGACAGACUUCUUGUUUGGGAACUUGAAGAAUGAAGUGUCUGGGGUGAGACGGCGUGUGUCCAAGAUUGGCCAGCUGGAUGUGGGGCAGUCCACUGUAGCAGGGAAUGAAGCUCAAAGCAGAGAGGAGUUUUUGCAACAUUUCUUGGAGCUUACAAUGGACUCCAACACAUCACACGCUUUCCUCCACCUGUAUGAAGAAGACAAAAAGGCAACAUUUGAAUUGAGGAACAAUGGACAUUCCAAUCACUCGGACAGAUUUUCAUACUGGUCCCAAGUUCUGUGCAAGGAGGUUCUCACUGGGACUCGCUAUUAUUGGGAAGUGGAGUGGAGUGGAUUUUAUGUUUGCAUCGGGGUCACAUAUAAAGGAAUCAGCAGAAAGCAGUGGAGCAACGAGAGCCGCCUGGGAUACAACAACAAGUCCUGGUAUUUGUGUUGCUCUCGCUCACGUUGCUCUGCACGUCACAAUAAUAAGGAGACAGUAAUCAGUACCAUCUACGGCUCGAGAAUAGGCGUCUAUCUGGACCAUCCCGCGGGCUUGUUGUCAUUCUACAAUGUCUCAAACAACAUGGCGCUCCUGCACACGUUCAACGCCUCUUUCACUGAGCCGCUCUAUGCAGGGUUUGAAGUUGGAUUUCUCUCCAGUGUAACAAUCUGCAAACCAAACGCGACUGACUAG